AUGGAUAGUAUCACCCAGCUGGAAGCCCGGGCCAACGAGGUCGCCGCUGCCGCCAAAAGGCUAGCCGACUACUGCCGCAAUGCCAGAGUGGAUGGGGCGUGUCCACAAGUCGUCGUCCCGUCAGAGGCGCCUCGGGCCAUCCGCGAGAUCCGACGGUUGCUGCUGAGCAAUGUCGAUCAGUUGCAGACACUUCUUGCAGAGCCGGCAGACCUGGUGCAGCGACUAGCGGUGCAGUCUCAACUUCUCGCGUGUCUCCAAUGGCUAGGGGAGUUUCAGGUGCUGGCAUGUCUGCCUCUCACCGGUAGCGUCAGCAUCCCAGACCUCGCACGCCUUUCUGGCGUUCCCGAGACGCAGCUAGCCCGGAUUAUACGCUUCACAGUCACGGUAGGAUUCCUUCAGGAGCCCCAGCUAGGGCACGUUGCGCACAGCCCGCUGUCAAGCCUGUUCGUCAGCCGACCAUCCCUGCGAGACGCGAUGAUGUUUCUGGCGGAUUCGGCCGCCCCCACGGCGCUGCAGAUGGCCUCAGCGACCGGUCGAUUCGGCGAUACGGUGGCCAGCGAAACUGGCACCGCGUACAAUAUCGCCUUCGAUCAUCGAGACCCCUUUUUCUUUGCAUGUGAGCAGCGGCCGAAGUUGCAACGGCGCUGGUCGGCGUACCUGCAACAUACGGGGGGCGAUGCCAGCGACCUCACCCGGCAGGUGCUCGCCCGAGUGGACUGGUUUAAUUUGGACAAUGUUUGCGUUGUGGAGGUAAUUGGACCGCAAUCCCAGAGUGUCACCAUGAUACUCGCGCAGCUUCACCCGAUGCUUCACUUUAUCGUCCAGGAAGUAAGAAUCCCGAACUGGAGUACCAAUGCUGCGCCGCAACAGGAUGUCCGCAGCGUGCAAGUACGUGAGCUGGGCGGCCCACAGCGCGUCCGCGACGCGGCCAUUUACAUCCUGAACUUGGGCCCUCUACCGCAUGCUGUCCUCUCCACGUCCGUCCUGGCGGAGGUGCGAGCGCACUUUAGUGUUCUAGCCGCCAACAGUCGUGCGACGCUGAUCCUUACUGGGGGGCUCCUGCUCCCCAAACCGGGAGCUGUAGAUGCCACGGUGGAGGCCAGCGUGCGUCUGCACGAUCUCUCGCUGCUGCAAUUGGCCAAUGACCGAUUAAUGGAGGAGGAUGAGCUGGUCGAGCUGGUCCACGGUGUUAAAGACAGUGUAGGGCGACUGGUUGUGGUGAAUCGACUCCACCUGCCUCAUACAACCACCGUGGCUUUGGGGGUAAAGUAUCAAGCUUUCGGUCACGGUGAUAUUUCUCUUUUGGACCAGCCGACUGAGAAUCCGUAG